GGAAGGUGCGGCCGUUGCCGCCAUGUUUGAGUCCCGAGAAGCCCUUGAGAGGUGUUCUCUCCAUCGACCUUGUUGACUGUGUUUUCACUUAGGGAGGACACCUGGAUGCAUCGGAAGCAGAAGAUGGAGCCAGUGACCUUUGAGGAUGUGUCUGUGAACUUCAGUCUAGGAGAAUGGGCUCUGCUGGAUUCCUACCAAAAGAAGCUCUACAGAGAUGUGAUGAUGGAGACCUUUAUGAACCUGAUCUCCAUAGGAAAGACAGAGGAAGAAAGUAUGGAUGUGAAUUACCAGAUGCUCCAGAGAAAUCGGAGAAUUCAGGUGGUUGAGAAAUUCUGUGACUGUGAACAUGGUAGUCAGUGUGGAAAGACCCACCAACAGAAGACAGAGCAUAUUGCUAAUAGGGAGAGUCGUCCUGCAAUCACAGCCUAUGAAAGCAGUGUGAAUGUAAAAGACAUCAAUGGUCACUCAUCUUCAGAUGCGCUCCUUAGAGGUCAAAAUGAAGAGAAACCAUACGGAUGCCGAGAACUCAUGGGAAAGGCUAUUAAAAGUGAAAAAUGUUGGAAAGAUGUUAUUUAUUCUGAAUCCUUCCAGACACUUGAGAGGGUUCAUGCUACAGAGAACAUUUGUGAAAAUAAACACACCAAUGAAUCUUACAGGAUUCCCACUUCUCAUCAAGAUUAUGAGAGAACUCACACUGGAGAUGAGCUACACGAGUAUAAACAAUUUGAGAAGACCUUAACGGGAGAAAGUUAUAUUCAAAUAUACGAAAGGAUCCAUACUGGAGAAAAACCAUUUGCAUGUAAGCAGUGUGGAGAAGUCUUUGUUAAUUCCAGUCACCUGACCAAACAUCAGAGAAUUCACACAAGAGAGAAAACAUACUCAUGUAGACAUUGUGGUGAAACUUUCCUGUAUUUAUGUAAACAUUGUGGUGAAACUUUCCUGUAUUCCACGGCCCGUCAUAAUCAUGAAAAAACUCACAAAAGAGAACGUAGUUUCAUAUGUAAACAUUGUGGGAAAGCAUGCAUCCACUCUUAUCAACUUCUUCAGCAUGAAAGACGUCACACUCGAGAAAAACGUUACACAUGUGAUCAAUGUGGCAAAGCAUUUAGACGGUCCUCAAACCUUCACAAACAUGAAAGAAUUCACAGUGAAAAGAAACGUUAUGCAUGUAAACAUUGUGGGAAAGCUUUUAUCACUGCGGGCAACUGUUACAACCAUGAAAGAAUUCACACUGCAGAGAAAACGUAUGUUUGCAAGCUGUGUGGGAAAGGAUUUACACUUCCCUCCCUUCGAAAACAUGAAAGAUGUCACACUCGAGAAAAAUGUUACACAUGUGAUCAAUGCGGCAAAACAUUUAGACGGUCCUCAAACCUUCACAAACAUGAAAGAAUUGUGAAAAGAAAAUAUGCAUGUAAACAUUGGGAAAGCUUUUUUACCAGUCACGGGCAACUGUUCACCAUGAAAGAAUUCUGUAUGUUUGCUCAUUAAAGGCAUCAUACCUUCGAAAAAAAAAUCACACUGGAGAGAAACCAUAAAUAUUGUGGGAAAGCCUUCACCCAUUCUAGUGCUCAUUACAAGCAUGAAAAAAUUCACACUAGAGAGAAACCAUAUGUAUGUGUAGAGUGUGGGCAGGCAUUCACCUUUUCCAAAUCCCUUCAAAUACAUGAAAGAACUCAUACUACUAGAGAGAAAUUUUAUGAGUGUAACCAGUGUGGGAAAGCUUUUACAUGUUUCUUAUACCUUCGAAGGCAUGAAAGAUCUCACAGUGGGAAGAAACCCAUUGGGUAGAACUCGUACCUGUGUAAGCUGUGUAACUAGUCAACUUGCUGUUGAGAAUAUUUAUUUAUUUAUCAUUUGUUUGUUUAUUUGUAUGAGGUUUGGGGUAAGAAUACACUUGCCUCAAUAUGGGGAGCAGCAGACAGCUUUCUGGAUUCAGUUCUCAUGUUUCUUUUAUGUGAGUCCUGAUGAUGGAGCUCAGAUCCUUAAUCUCAACAACCCGAACGACCCUUCUGAGCCAUCCCACCAGCAUUUAACUUGCUUUCUUUAUGAAUGACAAUUCUUAAAUAGGUUUUAUAUUUUGUAAUUUUCUAUGUAUACUUUUUCCAACAAACUAGUGGAUAGAUGGGGCUUGAAGGAUGGCUCAAUAGUUGUUUACUCGCUGUGAUUGCAGAAAGAGGACCUGGCUUGAAUUCACAGCACCCAUGUGGUGACUCACAGCCAUCAGUAACUCCAGUUCCUCGUGAUCUGACAUCCUCUUCUGAGUUCUGAACAUUGUGUAUACAUACGACAGGCAAAAUACAUAAGAUAAUAAGCCUUUAAAAGAAUGAAGAUAUACUGGAUAUAACUUAUAAGUGUAAUUUUCCCCAUAGGUGCAAGUGUAUAUAGAUGCAUACCUGCCCUUGCAUCAGGCACCAUAGUGUAUACCUUUUAUUCCAACACUGGGGACAGAGGCUAGAAAAUUAUAACACUAAAUAUAGGGGUUUUGAAUACAAUUUGUGAGAGUUGAGAAAAGACCAUUUACAACCAAAUUAAGUUGUCACUGUUAAAACAUGAGAGGUCCAGGUGUGCCGGCACACACCUUUUAUUUACCACUUGGAAGGAGGAAAGAGUGAGGCAGGUCUGUCUGGACUCCAGGCCAGUCAGGGAUACUAGACCCUGCCUCAAAAAAGGUGGGGGUGGGGUGGGGCGCUAGUUUAACAUAGCUACUUUUAGGUCAGCCCGAGCUACAUGAAACUCAGAAAAAAAAUGUUGUGAAGAGGUAAAAAUUCUAAAUUUUCUUAUACAAUUGGAUUUUGCAAACGUGAGUGUAAAUACCUUAAGCAAAUUAACAUAUGCAAAUAAAAUAUUCCUGAAAUGAUCACAAAAAAUUAAGUACAUGUUACUCAUGUUUAAUGUUUAUAAUACUUGCCUAUUCUUACUCAAGACUUCUUGACUGUAUCAUACUUCUUUUUUCAUUGAAAGUAUAACUUAGUGAAUAAUUUAUGAUUGCACAUGACUGUCAUCCCUGCUGUAUAAAAAUCUGAGAUGAGAGAGUAAACUUAAGCUCACAUUUGAAGGAGCAAAAACAU